ACACGGUCCACACACCCUGAACCGGCCAUCCCGGUCCAAACCGAUUUGCAAACAGAAAAACUACUCCAAAUGGUCAAAAAGGUUGGUGGGAAAACAAAAAGAAAAAUACCAAAACCAAUCUUUGUCCUCAUUCCUCUUCCUCUGUCUCUUCAUCACCACCUAUUGCUCUUUCUUCCUUCAAACAGCUGUUAUCUUUGUACCUUUGAAAGAAUGCUUCUGUCUCAUCUUUUCCUUUAUCAUCACAAUCUCAAAAACCCAUUAGAAAAAGAAUGGCAUCUCUUCAAGAAUUGUUGUCAGAGGAAGGAUUCGAGAAAGGAAAAUUCCUCAAAAACCAAAGACGAGUAAGAUUCAGAGACAGAAACAAAAGACCAGAAAAUGAGUUCAUUACCUUGCCUAUAUACAUUUGCCAUGACAAGAGAAGUUUUGAUAGCUCCAAGCACAAGGCAUUAGAGAGGAUUUUGCCAAAUGGGCAUUCAGUAAUUUCAUCCAACAGAAGGAGUUCAUCAGAUUCUAAGAGUGUUGGUUCAAGGAAAGAUGAACCAGCAAUUGAUGAAGUUGCCAUUAGAGCAAUUGUUUCCAUUUUGAGUGGCUACAUCGGAAGGUACUUAAAAGAUGAAACUUUUCGCGAAUCUAUUAAGAGAAAGUGCUAUCUUGUUUGGAAAGAAGGAAUAAUGAAGAUUUGGACGAUGGGAUUUUUGCAAACAUGGAACUAGGUAUUGAGAGUACUGAGAUAUUGGUUGAAAACCCAAGGAGUAAGAGUGCAUUAAUGAUGAAGUCAUUGAGGAACUCAAUUAGACUUUUGAGCAUUGUUUCUGGUUCUACUUGUGGAACCCCAAAUUCCCACUUCUUUGCUUGUGCACAGCUCUACUUAUCCAUAGUGUACAAGCUUGAGAAAAUGAUAAGGCUUCCUCAAGUCAUUUGCUUCAAGUUUUCUGUGAUUCCCCGUUUAUUGCCCGGACGCACUUGCUUCUUGAACUCUGGGAGCAUUUUUUUCUUCCCCACCUUCUGCAUAUCAAGAUUUGGUAUAAUAAAGAACGAGACUUUCUAUCGAAUUCUGAGUAUUUUGAUAAAGAGAAGAUGAAGGACUUGAGCAAGGCUUAUAAUGAUCAAAUGGACAUGGGAACUACUCAGUUUGCUUUGUACUAUAUGGAAUGGCUUGAAGUUGGUGCUCAAGCCCCUCCUGUUCCUUCUGUGCCUUUGCCUUCUAGAACCAGUUAUGGAUUCUCAGAGAGGACAUCAUUAGAUUCGUUUACUUCCCAUUCAUCCGUCAAUAAAUCGUUUUAAGUUUUUAAGAUUGACUUGCUCUUUUGUCUAGAUAGUGUAUGAAAAAUUUAUCUAAAGUUUAUGCAUGUGUUUUCGGUAUUUUUUCCCUCUAAUUUUGGAAGAUAUAGAACUGUUUUUGGCUCCACACGGGUUGAGAGGAGGUCUAUGGAACUGGAUAACAGAAGUCGAGGUUCGAUAAAUCCAUGGGAUUAUGAGGAAGCAGAUAAAAAAGCGUGCACACAUGAAGAUAAUGUCAAGCAACAUUGUCAUCCUAAAGACAGAACUAUGUUACAUAGAAGAUUAUCAAGGCAAAACUGUAGAAAUACGAAAUUUGAAUUGUGGCCCUAGACGCAUAAGUCAGACUCUUUUCGGUUUUUUACCUGCAAAAGUAAACCAACACAAUGCUUGGUGCAUGACAAUCGUAUGGGGAUAAAUGACCUAAUUAUGACAGGAAAAACACAUGUUCCUCCUAGUGAUCUCAAAAGGGCAAUAACGACCAUUUGCUCUUCAGAGAGCCUAGCCGACUGUGAAAUGGCAAUCCAUGUGAUCACCAAAACUUGGCUUGAUUCACAUGGAGAUCCCAGCAUUGAGAAAACAUUGUCAAAUGCACAAGUAAUGGAGGGAAUGCUACAGGUUUUGUUCAUUUCCAAUGAUGAUGAGGUUCUAGAAUUGACUAUCUCAAUGUUAGCAGAAUUUAUAAUGAGGAAUGACGCUAAUAGGCACAUAAUACUGGAUUCAGAUCCGCAGCUUGUUAUUGUCAUGAGAUUACUGAGGAGUAGCAGUCUGUUUCUAAGAGCAGCUAUUCUUCUUUAUCUAGUGAAGCCAAAGGCAAAACAGAUGACAUCAAUCGAGUGGAUUCCACUAGUGCUUCAAGUGUUGGAGUUUGGAGAUCAGUUGCAAACUUUAUUAGCUGUUCAGUGCAGUCCUCAAGGGGCUGCCUAUUACUUUUUGAAUCAACUUGUUACUGGUUUUGGCAAAGACAAGAAUUUUGAGAAUGCUAGGCAAGUUGUUUCUAUUUGGGGGUUGAGCGUGUUGGUGAAAAGGAUGGAGAGGGGGCAUGUUAGUGAGAAGACUAAAGCUGCUUCAAUUAUUUUCUGUUGCAUUCAUGCUGAUGGAAGCUGCUGGCACUAUCUAGCCACAAAUCUGAACACGGGUCCUAUUCUAGAAUUACUUGCUUCGGGAAAAGAGAGGAAUUCUCAAUCGCUUGCUUUUGCGCUGCUAACUGAGUUGCUAUGCCUUAAUAGAAGGACACAGGCGAUAAGAUUCUUACAUGGUUUACAAAGUGGAUGGGGAAGCUUGAACACCAUCCAUAUCUUGUUCGUCAAUCUGCAAAAGGCUCGAGUUGAGAAGCGACCAGUGCUUGCAGCCGUAUUGCUACAGCUUGAUCUUCUGUUAUGUUGCAGGCAGAUCCUCUGAAGUGCAGUGUAUACAGAUAAGAAGCAGUAUAGGCAAUAACUGCAGCUUUGGAUUGUCAAGUGUGUAGUGAAUUAGUCCAAGAACAAUCAGCCAGAGCUCUAUUAAUGUUGGGAGGACGUUUUUCUUACACAGGAGAAGCGACAACAGAAAAAUGGCUUUUGAAAGAAGCUGGUUUUGAUGAGAACUCAGAUGAUUCAUUCCAGGGCAAGGAUAUUAUUGUUGCAGAGUUGAUGAAUUCGAAUGAAGAGGACGAAGAAAUGCAAAAUUGGCAUAGGAAAGCAGCUAUAGUCUUGCUUACAAGCGGCAAGAAGAGAUUCCUAUCAGCACUUUCUGAUUCCAUAACAAAUGGUAUUCCGUGUUUGGCACGAGCAAGCCUAGUCACUCUGUCAUGGAUCUGCAGUAAUCUCCAUUCGGUUAGCGAUGAAAAUCUUCAAUUGGAAGCAUGCUCAACCAUUGUUCCAUGUUUGAUCGAAUCGUUGAAUCAUGACAGAGCUCCUGAGGAAAAGGUGCUUGCUUCGUUCACUUUGCUAGCUCUCAUAAAGAGUUCAGGAUGUUUUUCUGAAAUCUCAUUCGUGGAUAAAGGGGCUGAUGAACCAUCUUCGAAAUCUAUCCCAACUGACAUGGACUGCUAAAGAGCUCAUUUCAAUCAUCACAAGCAGUUUGAGGCAUCAGUUUCUCGAGUUCGGAAAUCUACCUAAUGAAACUCAGAUUCAUCGGUAGAACUCAAUUCUUUCUCGAUGCUUGAAAGUUUUCUUGCCCGAGAUAUAUUAAAUAAUAAAUCUUCACCCAAUCUGUCAACUGCGGCUUUCCCCACCACCCCCCCCCCCCCCCCCCCCCCCCCCCCCA